AGAGAGUGUGUAUGGAGAUAGAGGUAGCAAGCAGAGCUGAGUGUGGUGGUGAUGAUAUGGAGAAGGGAGUAGUGGGAUUAAAUGGUGGAGAUGAGAGAGGAAUGUACUUGGUGUGGGAAGAUCUGAGGGUGGUGGUUCCAAACUUUGGGAAUGGACACACGAAGAAGUUGAUAAAUGGACUUACUGGUUUUGCUGAGCCUGGUAGGAUCAUUGUUAUCAUGGGUCCUUCUGGUUCUGGCAAGUCCACCCUUCUUCACUCUUUAGUAGACUCUCAGGAAAUGUUAUCAUGACUGACAAUGUUCUCCUUAAUGGCAAGAAGAGGAGUCUUCACUAUGGUGUUGCUGUAAGUAUCGUUAUAUAUUAAUUAUUACAUGGGUACAUACACUUUCAUAGAUAUAUAUAUAUAUAUAUAUAUGCAGAAACAAAUGUUGCUCAUCUAUUGUUUCAAAUCCACAUCCAAACAAAGAUUAUCAAAAUUUUUGUUAGCUUUGUGUGUUUAUAGGCCAUUGAGAUCAGGGGUGGAGCUAGAAUUGUUGAAUUUAGACAACUGUCAAAUAAAAUAAAAUAAAGUAAAAAUUUGGGAGGACCUAAAGUUUUAGUUUUUAUUUAUUAUUCAUUUUUUCAAAUUUUCAAUGGGCCAAUAACUAAAUGUUUCAUUGAAUCAUAUAAUGCAAGUAGGCAUUUUUUCAAUAAUUUUGGAGGAACCAGAGCCCUUUCUGGCCAUGCCCUCCCUCCGCCCCCUAAUUGGGAUGCCUAGUUCAUAUCGUUCCUUUAUUUUUUGGUCUCAAACCAAUAGAAGAACAAGACAAACGGACACAAUAGGUUC